AUGACCACCAUCUUACAACCGUCUUUCAUGCGCAAGGCUGUCCGGAUGCCUACCCCUGAGGAGAAGGCAAAGGCUAAGCGCUGGGUUUGCAAGCACUCCUGUAAAGCAUGGAAGAACGGGUGUUGCUUUGUGGACGGCACACUCAUACCUCUUGAUGAACGUCCCACGUGGUACAGGCCAGGUCAUUUUGAUUGGAAAUGUAACUACUUGUUAAACAUCCAGAUCGUUAACCUUCCCAACCUCCAAGUCAUUGACUAUGGGUACGGGCAUACUGGCAGUACGCACGACUCGCUUGCUUGGCAGACCACAAGACUGGCCACUCAACAUAGUACGCUCCUUGAAGAGGUCCGCAGCAAAGAAGAAGAGCGAGGGGGCAAUGACAUAGACUGGGACAAUCUGGAUCCUUUCAUCGCUGAUGGAAUGGCAAGCUCGGAGGAUGAGGAUGGGUCUGAUGGAGAACUCAGAGGAUUCUCAGCCCCAGUAGCAGGUGAUGGGAACACUGCGUUUGAAUAA